CGAGGAUACGCUCUCUUCCUCACUGACUCACUCCCUAUUUCUCCUCAACGAUGUCAGACCACCGACUCCUCCUCAAGUUUGAUAUCGACGUCUCCACCAUGGCUGUCCCCCGCGUCGACAGUCCUAAGCUCCACCCCCUCGAGUACCAGCAACUUCUAGAGGACACAGACUCGCUGCUUCAAUCGCUUUAUAGCGUGACCAGUCCCAGUACGAAUGCUGCACAAAACAAAAAGACUGCGACCGAAAUCGCUAAAACGAAGGCCGAUAAACGUCGAGAUUCCUAUCGACAGCGGAUCAAAGUGGAGCGAGAAACCUUACGCUUUCAGAAAGCAGAGCUGAGUCGAAAACUUGCGCUCUUGAAGAAGCAAAGGAUUGAACAGAAGGCGCCCACUAUACUCGGAAAUUCGCUGAAUGCGAUAGCGUGGAAAACAAUUGCGAUGAGACAAUAUGAGGCAAGGAGAGAAGCUGAAGCGCUGCGAAAAGCUCUGCGAGCUGAAGUUACAAGACGAGCAUUAGUGAUUCGAGACAUCCAAGGUGUUAUGCGGAAACGAAGUAGAGGCGCGCACAAAGAGGUUGAUGACCUGCUGGAAGCAGUGGAGACGAAGCCAAGAUCCAGUACCAGAGAUGGCACCCUCUUUAACGCGUAUUUCGCAAGCCUGGAGACUCUCUACGGCAAGUUGGACGAAGUGUUCGAAGAGGCCGGAAUAAACUCGAGACCGGCGUCGGGGAAGAUGUUGGGCGGAGAACCAGCAAGGAAAAUGCACGGGGAGACACCAUACCUCGAGAAUAUUGGGGUGACAAAAGUACCUUUCAACUAUCAGAGGACAUGUGAGGCGGUGUGGGAGUUGCUGUCUGCGCAGCAUCGGCAGGAUGAACGGUCCGACUACUAUGGUUUACCCUGCGCGGAGAAUGCAAAGGCAUUUCAAUAUUGCUCCUCUCUUAGACGGGAAAACGGUGCGGUGCUACGUUUAAAGACGCAUCAGGUCUCACGACAGUACAUUGAGAACUCCCGAAUGGUGGUAGUCUGGCGUGCGCUUUCGGAAGCAGCAGAGGAAUUCCCUGGUUUGAAUAUGGACGAGACAGGAUGGUGCGUUAUUCAUGCGCCAACAAGCGACUCCGAUUGCUCGAAAGAUUCAACUUCGACGCUUGUGCAGGCCUGUAUUCGUCUAACACCAAUGUACCAUUGCAAACCCUGCGGGAGCGAGCAGAGAAGAAAGCUUGAUCAAUUCAUGGAACUGUCUGCUAAGUCAGUCGCUGAAGACAACAUGGAAAUCGAGUAUAUGAUGGAGAGGUUAUUGCUGGAUGAAGCGCUGUCCACGGAUGGGUUGGCUGUCGACGAGGAAGGCAACUUGGCUUUGGGAGGGUUUUAACAGCGAACAAUUAGUGCUGCAACGACGUGCGAUGCUUGAACCUGUCCAUACGUCAUGCUCUUAGAUAGAAAAUCAAUGCUGCUGCGUUUGCUUGCUGUAGCGUGAUGUUUCAUCAUCAACAUGCGAAAACGGCACCCGUCCAGGAAGAACGAUAGUCGGGAUCUCGAUUAGAUCUCCAAAUACUAGAUAUUGUCGAUGUUUAAAAAAAUGUUUUUAGAGUGCUGUA